GCUCACACUCACAUACCUCCCCUCCCCAGGCCGAGGCCCAGCUGACCUCCUGGGCUCCCCCGGCAGCGGACAGGGAAGGGUUAAAGGCCCCCCGACUCCCUGCCCCCUGCCCUGGGGAACCCCUGGCCUGUGGGGACAUGAACUGUGUUUGUUGCCUGGUCUUGGUGGUGCUGAGCCUCUGGCCAGAUAGAGCCGUUGCCCCUGGGCCACCAUCUGGCUCCCCUCGAGUCUCUCCAGACCCUCGUGCAGAUCUGGACAGUGCUGUCCUCCUGACCCGAUCCCUUCUGGCAGACACUCGGCAACUAGCUGCACAGAUGAGAGACAAAUUCCCAGCUGAUGGAGACCACAAUCUGGACUCGCUCCCUACCUUGGCCAUGAGCGCUGGGACACUGGGAUCUUUGCAGCUUCCAGGUGUGCUGACAAGGCUUCGGGUAGAUUUGCUGUCCUAUCUCCGGCAUGUACAGUGGCUGCGCCGGGCAGGUGGUCCUUCCCUGAAGACUCUGGAGCCAGAGCUGGGUGCUCUGCAAGCUAGGCUGGACCGGCUACUGCGCCGUCUACAGCUCUUGAUGUCUCGAUUGGCCUUGCCCCAGGCAACCCCAGAGCAACCCUUGGUCCCUCUGGGCCCUCCUGCCUCAGCCUGGGGAAGCAUCCGGGCUGCUCAUGCCAUCUUAGGAGGGUUGCACCUGACCUUGGACUGGGCUGUGCGGGGUCUGCUGUUGUUAAAGACUCGGCUGUGACUCAAAGCCACCAGCAAGGAUAUCGUCCUUUAAAGCCAGAUCUUAUUUAUUUAUUUAUUUUGGUACUUGGAGGAGGGGACAUGAUGAUCAGGGGCAUGCCACACCCCAAACAACCCCCCCACCCAGCUAGAUGCAGUCCCUCCAGGAGACCUGGGUGAGGGGGGGGGUCACCUGUGGCUUAUUUAUACUUAUUUAUUUAAAAAAUUGGGGUGGGUGGGGCAGGUGGAUCUGAGACCCUGAGAAACCAGGAACUGAUAUCCUGGAUUUUGGGGUUUCUAUGAAGUCUAACCACAGUGUCUUCCUACAUUAUUUAUUAAACAAUUACUUUUUUUAUGUUAAGAGGAGGAGGUGGGGGGAAAAGGAAGCCUGGGGUUUUAUAUCAAAAUGUGAGAAGUUUUUUGUUUUUUAUUGGUGUGUGUGUGUGUGUGUGUGUGUGUGUGUGUGACAGAGAAGGGGGGGUUACUUAAAUACAUAUUUCCUUAGAGGUGAUUAGCAGGAGUAUGCCAGAGGGAUCUGAGUCUAACCUGGUACCCUAGCACUUCAAAGGUCCUCAACAGAAGGUUCCAGAACAUCACCUUAUAUCCAAUAGCACGUGCAUGGUACAGAGCUGCAAAGUACAAGGUUGUUUGUUUUAGAUCAUUCGUGCUGGCAAAUGGGAAACAGCCUAAUUGUCCUCCGGCAGGGAUGGGGGUAGAGGUGGAUGAAGAAAAAGCCACAUGAUGGAAUACUAACUUGCCAAUUAGUAAAAAGGGAAGCUCCUGGCAAAAGACUGCUCUAGAUGUUGAGCGGCCCUGGGACUCGGGAGCAGCAGAUGGUAGAACCACUCUUAUUAUACAUAAGUAUGGUUUGUUCUUAUUUUUUCAAAAUGGAAACAUCAAAAUGUUGACAGUGGCUGUCUCAGGGUUGAAAACAAGAGCUGGCACGUGCGGUGACAUUUAUUGUUUGUGCUUGUAUUUUCCAGAGUUUCUACCCUGACUGUAUUUUGCAUGAUACAUUUAAAAACAAUA